CUCUUGUGACCCCAGCAUGGCGACGAAACGUGGAAUUUCGUAAGCUUGAAGAGAAAACGCUGCUAAUUUGUGGCUAGAGUUCUCCUAUAACACAACAUAUACCUGGCCAGAUUUCAACUGAGAGUACACGGUUUCUUCUGGCUACACAACUAAGGAUCCAAGAUGCCCACCUGUGGGGAAUUCCUUGAAGACAUAGAGGACAUGGUGACCUCAACUGACCUCACUCCUGAGGAGCGGUUUGGGUCCAGGAAGAAUGUUGUUCCUCGUGUAAGGAAGAAGAACAAGGUCCUGGAGACUUUAGACACUCAGAACAGCUCACAGUGUGACAGUGUUAUCCCAGGAACCCAGAGCAUCUAUGUUAAGACUUGGGGCUGCUCACAUAACAACUCAGAUGGGGAGUACAUGGCGGGACAGCUGGCAGCUUAUGGGUACAGAAUCACAGACACGCCCAGUGCUGCAGACCUGUGGCUGUUAAACAGCUGUACAGUAAAGAACCCGGCUGAAGACCACUUUAGGAACACCAUCACAAGGGCACAGACGGAGGACAAAAAGGUUGUAGUGGCUGGGUGUGUUCCUCAGGGACAACCAAGAGCAAAAUAUCUGAAAGGGCUCAGUGUCAUAGGAGUCCAGCAGAUAGACAGGGUUGUGGAAGUUGUAGAGGAGACUUUAAAAGGACACAGUGUGAGGCUGUUUGGACAGAAGAAGGACCAUGGGAAGAAACUAGGAGGGGCCAAACUGGACCUUCCCAAGAUUAGGAAAAACCCUCUUAUUGAGAUCAUCGCAAUCAACACAGGCUGCCUGAACCAGUGUACCUACUGUAAGACCAAGCAUGCCAGAGGAGAGCUGGGCAGUUAUCCACCUGAAGAGAUCGUCUCCAGGGCCAGGCAGUCUUUUGAAGAGGGAGUAGUGGAGAUCUGGUUGACCAGUGAAGACACGGGAGCUUAUGGGAAGGACAUCGGAGUGACACUACCUGAACUUCUGUGGAGACUUGUGGAGGUCAUACCAGAGGGGUGUAUGUUACGUGUGGGCAUGACCAACCCACCCUACAUACUGGAACAUCUAGAGGAAAUGGCUAAGAUCCUGAGCCACCCCCGUGUGUAUGCCUUCCUGCAUGUGCCGGUGCAGGCUGCCUCAGACAGUGUGCUGAUGGACAUGAGGAGGGAGUACUGUCUGUCUGACUUCAAACAAGUCGUCGACUUUCUCAAGGAAAGAGUUCCUGCUGUUACCAUAGCAACUGAUGUCAUCUGUGGGUUUCCAACAGAAACAGCUGAGGAUUUUGAGGAGACCCUACAGCUGGUUGAAGAGUACAAGUUCCCCAGUCUGUUUAUAAACCAGUUCUUCCCCCGACCAGGAACCCCGGCUGCCAAGAUGCGGAGGGUUCCUCCACAGGAGGUCAAAAGAAGAACAAAAGCAAUAUCAGAGCUGUUUCAGAGCUACAGACCAUAUGAUCACAAGGUUGGAGAAAUCCAGAAUGUGUUAGUGACAGAAGAAUCACACGACAAGAAGUUUUAUGUAGCACACAACAAGUACUAUGAUCAGGUUUUGGUACCCAAAGAUGAGAAGUUGCUGGGAAAGAUGGUAACAGUGGAGAUCACGUCAACGGGAAAGCACUACCUCAUGGGAAGGCUGCUGUCAGAUGAAGUGACCAAGGUUGCCAUAGCAACCCCGCUGCCCAAAGGAACCGUGUCAGGUGUACAAGACAACCUUCAGGAAGCAACAGACAGCACAACAGUGACAGCACAAUCCCCGCUGUCCUGGUGUCAGCACCAGCUGUCCAGGGUGACUCCCGCCGGCAUGCCUCGUUGGAUGCAAGUGGCUGCUUUUGUUUUAGUUCUCGCUGUUGUUUUAGAUUUUUGUAGGAUUGUUUACAGAGUAGGGGCUAAAUUCUAGAUGUGUUUGAAGGAACUAGUAUUGGGGAGUAAAUGUGUGUAUACUCUGCCCCUGAAUGUCAUCAUGCUGUAAUUACAUAAGUUUGCAGUGAUUGUAUGGCAUGUACAUGUAGCGCUUAGACAAGGGGGUAGGCAGACAAAGAUCUUCACCGUGCAGAUGUAUUUACAGUACAUUGUGCCUUACAUAGAAUCAUAUGUUUAUAGAUUAGAGGAUUGAAAAUGAAUCAGGAGUUCAGACCACAUGUACAUUGCACUGUGGUUUUAAAGAGAACUGCAUGCUUUCAAUUUUUAAAUGAUUGCAGGCCUGGAAUAUAUCAACUAAUGCUCAUUAAUUCAUGGAUAAUGACCUGCCACGAGGUAAAUAUGGUGUCACAAUGCCUGGUCAUUUGCUAUAACCACCAAACGAAACAACUUAUUCUAUGAUAAUAGCGAUGAGGCAUUAUGAUACCAUAUACACCUUGGAACAGGCUGGUCAGGCUGAACCAUAUAAGAGAUACAAAUCCCUGUGUGACAUAUAGUCCAUUCAUACUAUACAUGUAAAUAUAUUUG